AUCGUUAUUCUUGGGAAAUGCCUCCGAUUCCUAGCCGGGCGAGGGUCUACGCCGAGGUGAAUCCGUCGAGACCACGCGAGUACUGGGACUAUGAGGCUCACAUGAUCGAAUGGGGACAAAUCGAUGAUUAUCAGCUGGUACGCAAGUUGGGACGUGGAAAAUAUUCGGAGGUUUUUGAAGGAUUCAAGAUGAGCACUGACGAGAAAGUUGUUGUCAAGAUUCUCAAGCCAGUCAAAAAGAAGAAGAUCAAGCGUGAGAUUAAAAUUUUGGAGAAUCUUCGUGGCGGGACAAACAUCAUCACCCUCCUCGACGUCGUCAAGGAUCCUAUUUCGAGAACUCCGGCUCUUAUUUUCGAGCAUGUUAACAAUUCGGACUUCAAGCAAUUGUAUCAAACCCUCAGUGACUAUGAUAUCCGUUACUACCUCUACGAGCUCUUGAAGGCUCUCGACUUCUGCCAUUCUCAAGGAAUUAUGCACAGAGAUGUUAAGCCGCACAAUGUGAUGAUUGACGCCGAAAAACGGGAACUUCGAUUAAUAGAUUGGGGAUUAGCCGAAUUCUAUCAUCCAAGACAGGACUAUAAUGUUCGUGUUGCUUCUAGAUAUUUCAAGGGACCCGAGCUUCUUGUCGAUUAUCAAUGUUACGAUUAUUCGUUGGAUAUGUGGAGUUUGGGAUGCAUGUUGGCUAGUAUGAUCUUCAGGAAGGAACCAUUCUUCCACGGCCAUGAUAACUACGAUCAGCUAGUCCGCAUUGCAAAGGUAUUGGGAACUGAUGAGCUUUACGAGUACAUUGCGAGAUAUCACAUUGAUCUCGAUCCACGCUUCAACGAUAUUCUCGGGCGACACUCAAGAAAACGCUGGGAAAGAUUUAUCCACGCUGAAAAUCAACAUCUUGUCACCCCAGAGGCUCUUGAUUUCCUUGAUAAACUUCUUCGCUACGAUCACGCGGAACGCCUAACUGCUCAAGAGGCCAUGGGUCACGAAUACUUCCGCCCAGUUGUUGAAGCACAUGCUCGUGCCAAUGGAACUGAACAAGCUGACGGACAGGGUGCAUCGAAUUCCGCUUCUUCUCAAUCCUCCGAUGCCAAAAUUGACGGCGCUUAAAAUUUCUUUCUAUUUUUUUUUUAAUUUUCCUGUUGACUAUUUCCUUUUUUAUUAAUUUCCACACCACUCCUCUCCAUCAUUAUUCCUUUGCUCUAAAAAUUGGCUAAGAUAUUAAAUCUUCCCCGCUUCUCCGAAAAUUUCCCUCUACGUACCACAAAAGUGCCUAAUCUUUUCGUGAGAAACGUUCUUUGCAAAUUCUAUUUUUAGGAUUUUUUUGUGUAAUUCAUGCCUCUGAAAUUCCGUUUCAAUUUUAAAUCUUUUUUGUCCCAUUUCAUAUUGUUCUCCUUCUUCUCCCCUUUCCUCUUCCUCAAACAACCACAAUCAUCAUUUUUAUAAAUCGAAUCACAGUUCGUGAGAAAAAAAACUGUUACUUGU